AGUGCCGACCGUCUCCUUGCCGAGUGUUUAUAUACGGAAGAUGAACGGGGAAGGCAGUUUGCCGCAACAUACGUGAUAUUUCUUUGUUAGACCCCACUUGUUUUGGCUUUUUACAGAUAGCGCUCCGGUUUCAGUCGGUAAUCCAUUAUAUACGGAAACUAAAGAAUAUUAAAAAACCUGCAGAUAAGCAGCCGCGCUUAUAGCUUUGGAAAGAGCUAGCUAGCUAGCUAGCUGUCCGGGUGGUUUGAAAUACAGAAUGCAUGAGAGCGCGAUCGCUAUCGGGCACAGCAGGCGCAAUAUUAUCUGUUGCAUUGUAACAGCUCACUAACAGGUCACAGAUCGCCUGUUAUAAGUAGCCGCUCGGCGGAUUUAUCACUACGAUGAGUUCUAAGCUAGCAAACUGUAGCGUUGCCGGACUGGCAAAAAUAAAUGUACAACAUUGUAUGAACUCAGCUUUUGGUGGUGGCGGUCGGAAACGGAGCGCGAUCGGCUCCCCGAACCGCACCGACGACGGUCUGAGCUUUGAGUUGAAGGGGGAGAAGGUGGAAUGCCAUCAGCCCCUGUUCUGCGAGACCAGCCUCUCCAUGUCCUCCCUGAGAGUCCGCCUCGGGCCGACCAUCCAAAGCACGCUGGCCGCCGCGGUGGACACGCUGCUGAGCGAGGUGGCUUUGGUGCUGAAUGACGCCCUGACCGAGACCCAACAGGAACUAGCCACCAGGGAGCAGGAGAACGAGAGGCUGAAGCUGCGCUUGGAGGUGUCCGAAGGCGAGCUGAAAGCCCUGCAGGAGUGCCUCAGCAGCGCGCAGAAGAUCAUCGAGCAGCUUCCAAUUCCACUGCCUGGUCAGGGUCCGGCCGCUGCCCUGCACCACGCCUGCCUACCCGGCGCCCCCGCCGACAGGAGCGCCGCUCAGCUUCUCGGCCAUCGGAUCCAGGACGAUUCCAGCAUCCGCUGCCUGCCGGGCUGCGACGCGGAGAUAAGCAGAUCACUGGGCGAAGCUUUCCCGGGCUUGGACUCCGGGGAUGAGGUGAAGGUUGGCCAGCUGUCCAUUCAGGCAGAUGGGACGGUCACUACUCACCCUCUGAACAUCAGCUCUCCUGCUACAUGGACGGAUGUUACCAGGACCGAUGAAUGUUCUACAGGGAAAAGACUGAAGACAGGAUUCAGCCUGGGGACAAAUAUGACCGGGCAGGGCACUCCAGCGAGGUUUGUGAUCAAGCAGGAGCAAGACCACGGGCCUGUGCAUCAGAGCCGACCAGGUGCGGGAGAUGGCCUCAUGGGGGCGCCAGAGAGUGAGCAGAGCGCCCGCAACGUAGGCGAGCUGGGACGCAUCCACGUGGUGGACGAGGUGCACCCCGCACCCCAUUCGCUUCACCCGGAGGGGCGUCGACUGUCUAUGGAACCCGGCCAGGGGAAGGGCGCCACCCAGGGGGCGGCUGGGUCGGCGCAGCUUAGCGAGCGGCCUCACCUCUGUCUGGAGUGCGGCAAAACAUUCCGGCUGAUCUCCAGCCUGAAGAAGCACAUCCGCAUCCACACGGGCGAGAAGCCGUAUCCGUGCGGAGUGUGCGGCCGGCGCUUCCGCGAGUCGGGCGCCCUCAAGACGCACCAGCGCAUCCAUACGGGCGAGAAGCCCUACUCCUGCUCCGAAUGCGGCACCAGCUUUCGGCAUCUGGAUGGGCUGCGGAAGCACCGGCGCACGCACACCGGCGAGAAGCCCUACCCGUGCAGCGUGUGCGGCAAGCGCCUCAGCCGCCUGCAGCACCUCAAACACCACCAGCGCAUCCACACCGGCGAGCGGCCCUGCCGCUGCCACCACUGCCACAAGAGCUUCACCGAGCCGGCGGCGCUGCGCAAGCACCUGCGCACACACAGGGACGAGCCCGGCGCCUCCCAGCCCGGUCCGGGGACCGGCCCUGGCGCCGCGGACGACUUCGGCUGUCUGCAGGCCACCACGCUGUCGCCGCAGAUGGCGUUCGGGAUGUGGGGGGAGGACGGGGAGGAGGGGGCCGCGUUAAACUGCGUCGAGGAACGAUGAAGGCUUGGGUCUCUGUGGGUGGGGGGGGACAGAAAGUAGAUCCCAUUUAUUUUCAUGAUCUAUCCCCCCAAAUCUGGGGUCUUAAACUUCAGGUCUUUGCGGGACGUCGUGGGGGGGGUGGUGGUUCAGGGGGGUGUUGCCGGUGUUAAUUUCCGCCAAGCCCUUGGCUGAUCAGCUGAGCGAGUUUAUGUUAAACCCGAUAUAGUCUUUUUUUUGUGGCCGUGUUGCUUUUUCUCCAGACGUUACACCAGAAUUAAUAAUGCUUACAAGUCUGUUGAUUUGACUCUGCGGGACACAAUAUGGCAGCAUUGCAUUUUAAUUACAUCACUCAAUUUACAGCCUAUGUAAUUAUAUUACUCAUUAAUUUACUUGCGGCUUAAUUGUCCAAUGGAUAAAAAUAGGUAUGGAUUAAUAGAAUAAUGAGACUCAUUUCAUAACUAUAGCCCUACUGUAUGUCAGCUUAAGACGAUUGAGGAUUAAUCAUCAGCUAUUGUGUUUGGUUUAAUAUGAUUCGCAUUGUGCCAUUAAUUCAGUUGGCAUCUCAGACAGCCUAAAAUGAUUCUUUCUAAAGGGCUUAGUUGAGAAGAAUGGCGGCAUCAUUUCACCCAACAGGAACUGAUUUCGAGGCUUGUUUAUCCAGCUGUGUCCUGGCGUUGGCUUCCUUUGUGGAACUUACACCCUUUACUGUAUCGCCGAAGGACCAGAGACUGAUAGAGACCAGUAUCUGCACCUUUACAUGGUCGCUUUUCUUGGCCUAACCGCCGUCCCGAUCUACAGUGUAAAAGUGAAUUCAGAAAAUCCGCUGCUCGUGACAUUUUAUACGCAUUGUUUUAGCUUUUGUGUCGACGAGGAAGGUUUAAUUAUUACUUUAUUAUUAUUAUUUUUAUUAUUAUUAUUAUUAUUAUUAUUAUUAUCUUGUCAUCCUUCAUAAGCUAUUGUUUUAUAUACUAUGUAACAUACAAAUUAAAAAAGGCCUCAUUUGUAUGUCACCAGGAAUAGGGGGACCUUUAACUGUUUUGCCGUUUCGUAUUUCAUAGGCCUGCCUAGUUCCAAAUAAAGGGGGGUGCGUUUCUGCUCUGCUGUACUUGCCAUGUUUCCUUCUCUGUUUCCACCCCCGCAGUGAUUUCAGUGAUGAUGUUGGUUUAGCCCGUAAGUCCGUCUGUAAGCCGCCGAGGACACAGACCAAUGCAGGACGACGACUUUUUUUUUUCUUUUCCUGUCAGUCUGGAUGUUCUCCUGGAUAUACUCUUUACUGAAGCAUUGCAGCCUGCCUUUAUGUGAAUCAUUCUGUUUUAUAUCUUUGGAUAUCAUUUGGGGCGAAUUCAGUCCGAAAUAAAAAUGAAAACGUG